AGGCCAUUUUUCCCAUUUUUUAUACAGAUUCUGUUAAAGAUCUUAGGCCAAAUAUUUUUCCCUUCUGCUGACCUUCAACGCAUGCGGAUUUCGUGACGCUAUCUCCCAUGUGUUUGUCAUUGGAGAUUAUGUACUCUAGGAUUCAGAUUCGCGCUGGGGUUUCUUGUCCUCUAAAUGAUCAUCAAUUAUUAACUCUAGCAGUUCAUGAUGUGAAUUAAGGUUGGACAUGACAAAUGUCCUGCCGAAGUGUAAAGGAAAAUUAGUUUAGGGAACAGGGAGGCGAAAAGAGAGAUCUUGGAGCACAGCUAAGAUUAAUGUCCAAGAUAAUUGGAUUAUCCAUGCCUAGAGAAAUUUUUUAACAGAAACCACGUAAUCACUUUCUUAAGGUGAAUUGAGUAAUAAGAGAGGUGUCAUGGCAGUGUGUAUAUUUGUUUGUGGAUACUAACUAGGAACGCACUCCAUAAUGUGUCUACAAUCUACACUCAUAAAUGACGAUAGGUAGCAAUGGAAGAGCAACAUAAGCAGGAGCAUUAGGGUAUUAACUUGAAAAGGAGCCUACAUGAGUUCUUGGAGGAUGAUUAUUUGUUUUAGAUGGACAAGGUAACCUAUCGUGUCACUGGAUUUGGAAGUGCAAAUUGAUAAUGCAUUGAGAAAUUAGAAUGUGUAAUUAAAAUAGAAGAAAUCAUUGUAAGGAUCUGCUCAUGGAAGAUACUUCUGAGAAGAAAGCAUGAGAUUGUGAAUGUGAGAUCUCCAUGAUGCAAGGAAAGAGACUUCACUUUGGAGUGAUUCAAGUACUUGGAGCUGCGACUCAUGAUUGUGAACUAAUGAAAACAUUAAAUGGUAUAUCUUGUUUAAUGUGCCUAAUGUUGAAUAUGAAGAAUGGGUAAAGGAUAUUAAAACAACUUUUUUUGCCUUUUCAAGGAUCCAAAAAAAAGGCAAGGCCACCUUUUUCUGUCAUCUUCUUGUAGUCUCCUCAUUGAAUCCCUACAUGGCUGUACGCCAUUUCAAUGUAACAUGCAUCAUUUAGUUUUGAUAUCAGCAAUUUUGUUGUGUCCACUUCUUUGAAACUUCGGAUAUGUGAUGAACAAAUUUACUGGAUGUUACAAGUGAAAAAUUUUAAUUAUUAAUACCUCCCUUUUAUCUUGUUUACGUUAUGUAUGAGCUGAGGGAUAACUUGGCCUUGAUGACAUACAUUGUAUACAUUAGUUUGAUGUGAAAUGGCAUCCUCUUAUUAUAUUGUGCAUGUUUACAGAUAGAAGAAUCAAUAUUAUAGAAAGAAAUGUCAGCAGUUAGGGUACCAUAUAAUGCAUGUGCUGCAUGUAGCUGCAUAUAUGGACCACACUUAUGUAGUUCCAUAUAUAACUUAUGCAAGAAAUUCAUAUGAUUGCAUCUACAUGUAUGGUCAGAUGAUAGCUUUUUGAACACUAAGGCUUAAAUCAAUGUUCAAGAUUUGAGAUAAUCCAAUUGAAUGUAUUUGCCAAGAACUAAAAGCAUAUCUGAGAUACUAGUAAUUGAAUGACAAUCAUAUACAUUGUUUGCCAUAUUAUGGUGAUGAUAGUGGGCUUGUUCAAGACAGCAUUAUCAAUAGUUGCAUUUCACAUACUACUAAUUAUUCAACAGAAAGCUUUUACUUUGUCUGUGAACUAAACAAAUAUGAUGCAGGAUAUAACAAUAUUGUUAAGCCAAGGGAAAGAUGACUGGAAACAUACUUCAUAAGCUGUUAGACUUUUGAGAUAUAGAGGAACAACUAUUGCGUGUGCAUGCACCGAUGGAAAGGGGAAUGGUGGUUCAUGUCCUUUGUUUGCAGAGUUCUCUGACCCUUUCUGCCUUAAGUACCUCUUUCGGAAGCCCCUUAAUUGACCAAUUUGAUGUUUCUUGUCAAAUUUACAUUGAGGCACAAUGUGGAAGUAUUUUAAUUGGAUCAUAGCCAGGAAGGUGCAAACACAAUUUUGAAUGAAGCCCAAGUUUUUUAUCUGAGAGAUCAUCUUUGAAGUUUCAAAUUUAGUUUACAAGUUGAGUUUCUUAAUUAAAUUGGAGGGUAAUUGUUAUUUAACAAGAAGAGAAUUUAAAAGAUGCCACGUGAUUUUGAUGGGAGUGGCAAACUUAAGAGUUAUCACUCUUUAAUGCUGCUUUCUCUCUGAAGUUAUCAUUGCAUGGAAAAGGUAAUAUUAUGUUUCCUUGAUAGCAAAGGAAACAUCUCAACUUUGUCUACAUGAAUGAUCUGUGAGAUUUGAGACCUAGCAAUGUGUUCCUAAACUAAAGAUGUCUUAUUUUUAUUUAGUUGUUGAAAUAUGGAGGAUAUGCACUACUUUUUCCAACUUAUGCUAAACCACCCCAGACUCCACAUUGUGGGAACCUUGCACUACGUCAUCCCCUUUUUUGUUACUUGUGUAAAACUUAAAAAGAAAGAUUCUACCUAAUUCAACUACUAUUAUAGGUUCUAGUGUGUACAGUUGCAACUAUAGAACAUUAAAUAUGAUUUCACUAUAUCUAAAUCUGAUCAACUUUUGUAAUUUUUUUACCUGUAACUUCAUCUUUGGAUGAGUUAUAUACAAUGCCUUCACUUUGCCCCGAAAACCCAAUUUGGAACUGAAUUGUUAAUAUCAUAAUCUGAAUUAGUUAAUUUUGUCUAAAAUUGUUUAGGUAAAUUUGGAUAUAUGAUUGCUAAAAUUUGUUAAGAUAUUAAACCCAGUGCAACAUAAUGUCUCCAAGCAAGAAUCUUUAUUUAAAAUAUUGGUGCAGCCAUAAUUUACUGUUCUUUUUUUACAUUAUUUGUUUUUCCCAAUCACUGAAGGUCUUUGUCAUUAAUCAUUGAGCUAGUCUAAUAAUCUAAUUGAGCCUUUUAAUUAUUAUCUUAAAUGUUCCUUUGAAGGGUUUAAUUUGUGGAAACUAGUUGCUGAUAUUACCUUCAAAAAUUGCAUGUUUUUAAGGACUUCAAUCAUUUGUACUUCCUGUAGUUUCUGCAUGAAAUUCAGUGGGCUUUAACCACCGGUUAAUAAGAUUCUUGCUGGCUUCCUGAAGCCCUAAGACUGCAUCAAUGACCUGCAAUGGUCAACUACGAACAAAGUAAGGAACUGGAUUUUAUACUUUACAAGGUCUCUUCAUCAUCAUUGAUCCAUGGGCGAGUGGGUUAUCGGAGCAUUUAUCAACAUAAUUGGAAGUAUUGCUAUAAAUUUUGGGACUAAUCUUCUAAAAUUGGGUCAUGAUCAGCGAGAGAGGCACUCUAUGCUUAGCCGUGAUGGAACCAAUAGCAAACUUAAUGUGAAAUCAAUCAUACAUUUCCAGACGUGGAGAAUUGGUCUUCUUUUAUUUGCUUUUGGGAACUGCCUUAACUUCGUUUCCUUUGCAUAUGCUGCACAGUCACUUCUCGCAGCUUUGGGGUCAAUUCAAUUUGUUUCUAAUAUUGCAUUUGCUUACUUUGUGCUAAGUAAGACUGUAUCGGUCAAAGUCAUGGUAGCGACAACAUUUAUUGUUUUUGGCAACAUCUUUCUGGUAUCGUUUGGAAAUCACCAGUCACCUGUGUACACACCAGAGGAACUGAUAGCAAAAUACUCCAGCUUAGUUUUUCUACUCUAUUGCUUCACCUUAUUAUUGGUGGUCAUCAUCAAUCAAUAUAUUUACAGGAGAGGAGAAGCAUAUCUUGCAGUUUCUAAUCAUGACAGUCUCUAUUGGUGCACACUGCUCCCAUUCUCCUAUGCCACUGUUUCUGGUGCUGUGGGAUCCUUCUCAGUGUUGUUUGCAAAAUCCUUGUCCAACAUGCUAAGACUAACCAUGAGUAGCGUAUAUCAGUUCCACAGCUGGUUUACAUAUUGUAUGCUGUUGUUGUUCUUUAGCACAGCAGGAUUUUGGAUGGCAAGAUUGAAUGAAGGACUGUCUCUUUUUGAUGCAAUCCUUAUCGUCCCCAUGUUUCAGAUUGCAUGGACCUUCUUCUCCAUCUGCACAGGAUUUAUAUAUUUCCAAGAAUAUCAAGUAUUCAACAUAUUAAGGAUAACAAUGUUUAUAGUGGGGAUGGCAUUUGUAUUUAUUGGCAUUUCUUUGUUAGCACCUGAUGAAUCUAAAGGAAGUGACACAAAGGAGCCUUCUUUUCCUUCUGCAGCUCAAAGCCUUCCGACUAAUAUGAACAGGCUUGCCAAGCUGCCAACGGAAGAACCUGAAAUAAAUGAUGUGGGUUCAUUUGCACAAGCAGCGCUUAGCAAGGCAAAGAUUAUCCUGUUGAAGGCAAAGGCUGCUGGUUCUCUCUCGCUGGGUCUUGGCGAGGAGUCAAUAAGUGCAUCUUCGGUACUCGUAAUGCCUAUGGUUUCUUCAAGGACAACAGGUUUCAGAGAGACAACCUUCGAUCGAACAAAAUUCAUUCCUCUGAGAAACAGUAGAUGGAGCAGCCCUUCAAUAGAUGAUAACAGCGAUGAUGAUGUGGAAAUUCAGGCAAGCAGAUCAUUGCUGUCUUAAUUUUGUCGGUACGGUCGGAAGGAUGAUUAUUCUUUUCAUUAUUUCCAUAUGGCACAAAUGUAUAGAUAUAUUAAUCUUCUCCCGUCAAAUGUCAAAUAUGUAACGUUUUGAGUUCCGUGCUUCAUGAGUUGUCUUGGUAUUUGGCAUCCAA